AGCCGGGGCCAUAAAAGCGCAUCUGUCCCGCACAGGACCUGGCUGAGGGGCACAGACGGGUGGCGAGAGUGGACGCCAAGUGGAGCAUUUGCAGGUUGUGAUGCGUAAGGCGUGCUGUGCACUCAUCUUUGCAAAGGAGUUCUCUUCUGAACUAGUUGGCUGGUGGCUUAUAGCAAUGUUGGCUUCCAUCUGUCUGUAUAGAUGCGUGCUAGCGUCUGACAGCCAGUUAUGCUUGCAGGGGGGUUUUCCAUCCCCUCUGGGGCAGUGAGGCUCUGCAAACAGGUAGGACUGGUUCUGCUGAGCUGACAGAUUUGUACAAAGCUGGCUGGUUUAUGUGCUGCCCUGAUUGAUGCUUCUUUAUGUGAACUUAUUUUGUGAAAUGGGAAGAAGUUGUUAUGUUUUCAGGAAGUUUUGUGCUGGUAUUUUGUUUUAAACUCCAUGCUGCUUUUCUUAUUGGGCAGAAAUGGGAGGAAACGCUUAUGUUGCUGAGCCUCCUAUGUAAGCUACAAAAGGAAAUGUAGAGGAACAUGAGAAAUUUGUAGACCUGAAUGCUGACAACUGAGAGGGAAAUAUGUAUUCAGUGUAGAAGUACUUAGAGACAAACAUUUAAACAUGGGGAGCUGCUAUUGUUAGAACAUCAGUUAAAGUCCAAUGUCAUCAAAGUAUAGAUGUGUCUUUUUCAGUGUUUUUAACACAAUGUCUAUACUUGCUGUCACAUCUGUAUGUGUGCAGAGAUGUGCAUAGGUGCUUGGUAUGAAUGCGUUAGGGUUAACUGCAAUGUGCUGCUGCUGCUCUGACACCCUAGGUGUUACUGGCAACUUAAGUGUAGCACAAACUUCAGAUGACAAUUGUGAGUAGGUUGAUUGAAGAAUAAACACAAAUCUAUGUGAAAUCUAAUGCACUUUAAAACGGGAAACGUUACCAUUCUGCCUGGUACUGUCUUAAUUUGUACCAGUGCCUUGCAAAACUGGAAGAGCUGUUAAUCACCCAGUUGUUCUGCUGACAUCAGCUUUCUUUGCAGCCAUGUGCUGCUCACAGAAACCAGUAUACUUAACAAGGCUCCAGUUGCACAAAUAACAAACUGAAAACAAUUGUUUUGCUACUGUCUUUCUCAAGGUUCCCUUUGCCACAGAUUAAUACAAGUUUCUGUGCUGAGGGCUAAUGUUUCAGUCAUAAUUGUGUUCUCCAAGCCAGUUCUUUUUUUGUGUGUGCGCAUUCAUCUGUCAUCUUUAAGCUAAAUUUUAAUAUUUUUAGAAAAAGAGCUUGGUGUUGUGAUAAAGCUGAUUAUAUAAAAGAAAGUGGUUACAGCAUGACACCACCAUGUUUCUGUGUUAAAACUGUUGUUGUUCGGUUCUCUAGGGUUUUCUUUUUUUUUUUUUUUUUUUUUUUCUUGUUGUUGUUGGUAGAGGCUUUCAUCAGACAGCUCUCUUCCUCUGAUUCUUAUUCGCUGUGAGUACAGCUCAUUGAAAAGCUUUUUCUAACCAAGCUUCAACUUACUGUUUAAUUCAUUAUGCUUUAUUUCUCUAUUUCUCUAUUUUUGAAGUGCCUAGGUUUCCUGGAGCCUGAAACAACAUCCUUAGGUUGUGUGAACAGUUAAGAUUUGUGAUAUUAUUCCCACCUAAAUCUUAAAUCCACAGUUGUUUGUCUCUUUCCAGGAUCACACAAGUCUUCUUGGUCCAUUGAGCUCUCUUCUGUAUGGGCUUCUGCUUCUUUAUGUUUGAUGAUGUUUGUCCUCCUUUCAGCCAGAGACAGACGAUAGUGAGAGGCACUUUGGAUCCCUCCCAGGUAGAGUUGCCACCUGAAGCUACAUUUGUAGGGGGCUGAGGGACUCGUGUGUCGUCAUCCGGUCCAUCUGUACAUCUACACUCAUCUGACAAGAUGGUGUUUCGGAAACCACCCGAUGGUGGUUGGGGCUGGGUGAUUGUUGUCGUUUCCUUCUUUACUCAGUUCUUGUGUUACGGAUCACCUCUGGCAGUUGGAGUCUUGUAUUUAGAAUGGCUGGAUGCUUUUGGAGAAGGGAAAGGCAAGACUGCUUGGGUUGGAUCAUUAGCAAAUGGAAUUGGAUUGCUUGCCAGUCCUGUCUGUAGCAUAUGUGUAUCAUCUUUUGGAGCAAGACCAGUAGCAAUCUUCAGUGGCUUUAUGGUGGCUGGUGGCCUUAUGAUGAGUAGUUUUGCACCUAACAUAUACUUUCUGUAUCUUUCAUAUGGGAUUGUUGUUGGGCUUGGAUGUGGCCUUUUGUAUACUGCAACGGUUACCAUCACUUGCCAAUAUUUUGACAAACGCAGAGGCCUUGCACUUGGUCUGAUUUCUACAGGCUCAAGUGUUGGACUCUUUAUAUAUGCAGCAUUGCAAAGAGAGCUUAUUGACCUGUAUGGACUGGAUGGUUGUUUGCUAAUAGUUGGUGCACUGUCUCUAAAUAUAUUAGCAUGUGGCAGCCUAAUGAGACCAUUGGAGUCAUCAGAUUCCCCUUCAUCAGAAAAAACAUGUGUAGACAAAGUCCCAGACCAAUGUUUUGUUUACCAUGAAAAAGAAAAGACUGUUGAAGAAAACAUAAGCAUCCUUGAAAAGGGCUGUAUUGAUGAGAAAUGUGCGAACAAUGUGCCUGAUUACAAACAAGAUAACAUUUUAAAUAAGAAUGUAUUAAGCUCAAUAAAUGUAAAUGAGAAAGACACUUAUAAAAAGAAAGUUGUGGAACAGACAAACUUCUGCAAGCAACUUGCCAAAAGAAAGUGGCAGCUCUAUUUGAACUACUGGGAGGAAACCAUUGUUCUUUUUAAGAACAAAGUAUUUUCAGCUCUCUUUGUUGCCAUCUUGCUCUUUGAUAUUGGUGGAUUUCCUCCGUCCCUGCUCAUGGAAGAUGUAGCAAGAAGUGCAAACAUUGAUGAAGAAGACUAUCAUAUGCCCCUUAUUUCCAUUAUAGGCAUUAUGACUGCAGUUGGCAAACUUAUUUUAGGAAUACUGGCAGAUUUUAAGUGGAUUAACACUUUAUAUCUAUAUGUAAUCACCUUACUUAUGACAGGAGUGGCCUUGUUUGCAAUUCCAUUUGCCAAAAGCUACCUUACACUAGCAAUGCUUUCUGGGAUUUUGGGUUUUCUGACUGGGAACUGGUCAAUUUUUCCAUAUGUAACAACGAAGACUGUGGGAAUUGAGAAACUGACUCAUGCGUAUGGGAUAUUGAUGUUCUUUGCUGGACUUGGGAAUAGCCUCGGACCACCAAUUGUAGGUUGGUUUUACGAUUGGACACAAGAGUAUGACACUGCAUUCUACUUCAGUGGCUUUUGUGUUUUACUGGGAGGAUUUCUUCUGCUGUUGGCAGCACUACCCUGCUGGAAUGCCUGUACCAAUCAGGGCUCAAAGCUGCCUCCAAAUACUUACUCCUACAAAGCUGCAUCUAGUGCUUAGGUGACGACUGGAAAACACUUCAUGCUUUUUUUUUUAUAUUAUAGAGCAAAGUAUUUUAGUAAUUUUCCACUUAUUUAUGAAGUCCAAAAAUCCUCAUCCACUAGAAAAAUUCCAUUGCUGGUUGGUGUUAGGUUUUUUUUUUUUCUGUUUUUUCUUUUUUCUUUUUUAAGAACGGUCUUAUUUUGUCUACUAUGCACUGUGUUUUCAGCCUUUGUCUACUGUAAUUUCCUUUUGCCUGUAAUGGGUAUAUUCUGCUGUAUUAUCAGCUGUACUGUUUUUAUAAGGGUUGGGCGGUGUGGCGGGUGAAGACUUUGAAGCAAAAAUGAAGGCCUGUUUCUUGUCCAAGAAGGCUGGCAUUUCUGUCACCUUUUAUAGGUCUCCAAGUUGCACAAUCAGACUUUACAAAACAUUAAUUUGCCUUAUGAGAAUGUAAUGCUGUGGCAAGGUGCUUAUAACAUCGUGUUUAGAUUAACUUUUUGGACUUUUAAAAGUUUCUCCAAUUUACAAUGAAGUGCCAAUUGGGGAGGGGGAAAAGAGGGAGAACAAAACCAACCUCGUGUUUCGUAACUGAACUUCAUGAUGGAAGUAAAGAUUCUUACUACCACUGCAACUAAGAACUGUUUAUAAAUAUUGCACAUUUUGUGAAGUCUGUUUAUAACACUGUUGAACCAAAAUCUUUUAAACCAAGGAAUAAAUAUGAUUGUUGAAACCAUGUAAA